UCCACACAUACGAAACGUGAGAGAAAGGAGAGGCUUUCCCAUUUUCAAGUUGAAGUUUUAUCAUCGCCACCUCCUUUUUUUUCUCUCUCUCUCUCUCUCUUUCGAGCCCUAGAUUUUCUCGCUCUUUUUCGGCCCUAUAAUUUUCUCGCGAAAAUGGCCAACGCAGCAUCUGGGAUGGCUGUGCAUGAUGACUGCAAGCUGAAGUUUUUAGAAUUGAAGGCAAAGAGGACUUAUCGCUUCAUUGUUUUCAAGAUUGAGGAGAAGCAGAAACAGGUGAUUGUGGAGAAGCUUGGUGAGCCAACCAAUAGCUAUGAGGAAUUCACAGCAAGCCUUCCUGCCGACGAGUGCCGAUAUGCUGUCUAUGAUUUCGAUUAUGUGACAGAGGAGAACUGCCAGAAGAGUAGGAUUGUCUUUAUUGCAUGGUCCCCUGAUGCAUCAAAAGUGAGAAGCAAGAUGAUUUAUGCAAGCUCCAAGGACAGGUUCAAGAGGGAGUUGGAUGGUAUUCAGGUAGAGUUGCAAGCUACUGAUCCUACAGAAAUGGGUCUUGAUGUUAUUAGAAGCCGAUCAAAUUGAAUGUAGGAUAUCUUCCAUAUAAUGGACAAGCCCAUAUUAUGUGGGUAACUAAUGUUAUGUUUAUAUGAUUUGAACCUAGAAUUUGCCUCUUGAAGCGUGUCUCAUAAUAUUUAUGGAUUGGAUUCACGGAUGAGAGAUACCCUUUUGGUGUGAUGUUUACCAGCAAAUUAUAUGAUGGUAUGUUGGGGUGUA